ACCUUUAAUCUCUUCACUUCCCCAUUAAAACCUCUCACAUAUUCUUCUUUCUCUCUCCACUUUACCGGUCACCGGAAAAAAUGUCUAAACUAACUUUCUCUCUCCUCCCCAUUUUCUCUCUCCUCCUUCUUCUCCUCACUCCUCACUCUCUCUCCUUCCCUUUCCCUUUCCCUCACCCAAAACCAAAAAUUCAAUCACCCAUUAAAACCCUCGUAAUUUUAGUCAUGGAAAAUCGUUCCUUCGAUCAUAUUCUAGGUUGGCUCAAAUCAACCCGACCCGAAAUAAACGGUUUAACCGGAAAAGAAUUCAACCGGCUCAACUCCUCCGAACCUAAUUCACCCAAACUUCACGUUACAAAUGAUGCGGUUUUUAUCGACUCUGACCCAGGUCAUUCUAUCCAAGCUAUAACUGAACAAAUAUUCGGGUCUACUGUAAUAAGUAACCCGGCCCGAAUGUGUGGGUUCGCCCAACAAGCUAACUCGAUGUCGAAACAUAUGCCAAAAAAUGUUAUGAGUGGGUUUAAACCAGAGCUUCUACCAGUUUACACCGAGUUAGCUAACGAGUUCGCCGUGUUAGAUCGGUGGUUCGCUUCGGUGCCCGCUUCGACUCAGCCGAAUCGUUUCUAUGUUCAUUCAGCUACAUCACAUGGUGCAUCAAGUAAUGUAAGAAGAGAUCUUAUUCAUGGGUUUCCACAAAAAACUAUAUUUGAUUCAUUAGAUGAAAAUGGUUUAAGUUUUGGGAUUUAUUACCAAAAUAUUCCUGCAACUUUGUUUUUCAAGAGUUUAAGGAAACUUAAACAUGUAAUUAAGUUUCAUAGCUAUUAUUUGAAGUUUAAAUUGCAUGCUAAGUUAGGGAAAUUGCCUAAUUAUGUGGUGAUUGAACAAAGAUACUUUGAUAAGAAUUUGUUUCCUGCAAAUGAUGAUCAUCCAUCCCAUGACGUGGCAGAAGGACAGAGGUUUGUUAAGGAGGUGUAUGAGACACUUAGGGCUAGUCCACAGUGGAAAGAAAUGGCUUUGUUGAUAACAUAUGAUGAACAUGGUGGUUUUUUUGAUCAUGUACCAACACCUGUUUCUGGGGUUCCUAACCCUGAUGGGAUUAUUGGGCCUGACCCGUUUUAUUUUCGGUUUGAUCGGUUGGGGGUUCGGGUUCCGACUUUGCUUAUUUCACCUUGGAUUGAUAGGGGCACUGUGAUCGGAAAGCCAGAUGGGCCUACUCCAACCUCAGAAUUCGAACAUUCCUCUAUACCUGCCACUGUGAAGAGACUCUUCAACUUGAAAUCAAACUUCCUUACUAGACGAGAUGCCUGGGCUGGAAGCUUUGAGAAGUAUUUCUACUUACGUGAUACUCCACGUGAAGAUUGUCCAGAGAAGUUGCCAGAGGUUAAGGUAUCACUAAGGCCAUUUGGACCUAGAGAAGAUGCAAAACUUUCAGAAUUUCAGAUAGAAUUGAUACAACUGGCAUCUCAACUUAACGGUGACCAUGUUCUUAAUACGUACCCGGAUAUUGGCAAAAACAUGACAGUUAAUGAAGCCAAUCAGUAUGCUGAGGAUGCAGUAAAUCGGUUUUUAGAAGCCGGGAAAGCAGCUAUUGAAGCUGGAGCUGAUGAUUCGGCUAUCGUGACUAUGAGACCGUCUCUUACAAGUCGGAUUCCUGGUGGUAGCCACACCAGCUAACUUUGAAUCCAUUGCUUUCACUUAACUGCACAUUGUAAAUAUACAUCUAUUGAAUGUUGUUAUUCUGCAGCCGUUGCUUAGAACUGAAAAACUCUGCUCAGUAGGAAAAGAGCAUUGAAGAUUAGUUACCUGUAAAUAUUACGUCAUAUUGUAAAAGUCUUUCUCCGUCAAAAGUGGGAUACGUGUUGGGUGUCGAUGGUGGUAUAUGAAGUAUAUUAGAACAGUCCCCUGUCUCUGAGGAUGGUGUGCGUCUGAGUGAACAAAUUUGUCUGUAGUAUAUAUUCAGUGAUUUCAAGAUUUAUGCUCAUGUAAGUGAAGUUGGAUUAAUAUAAGGUACGUCUCUGUUCCA